GAGUCGAAGGUGUGUGUACCGCCGCGUGGCGCUGUCGUCGUCGUCGUCGUCGCUGCCGCCGCCGCCGCCGCCGCCGCUUGGCUCAGCUUGGCUUGGCUUGGCUUGGCUUGGCUUGCCACCACGGUUGCACCGACGCCGCCACCACUGCCUGCCGGCCACCCCUCGCUGCCUGCCCGGUUGGUUUACGUUUCUGACAGUGGCCCGAGCGAGCGGUGACAGCCGAGCCAGCAGUCGUCAGUGCGCCGUCGUGCCGUGCGUAGCACUGUUUCUGCGUGCCGUGCGACGUGAAUUCUCUUACCGCGUGGUCGGCCAGCUGUCAAACGUGUGCGACCGACCGAAUCGCUUAUCAACAUUGGACCCAGGCUGUCCCGGGCUGUUCGACGCGGCUACCGAUAUACACCCGGAUAGUCCGAUCAUUCUCACGCGUCUUUCUCUGUGUCAAGUGUUUUCUCCGACCAGCCAGCCGAUCGAUACGAUCGUCGUUCUUUUUCAUUUUUCUUUCCUUUUUUCUUUCCCUUCCUGUUUCCUUCAUUUCCAUUUGCAAGCGAGUGGCGAGACGAAGGAAGAAAGUGAUCGAGAAAGAUCGCACGAUCUUUCAAAGUGGACGAAUGAGGUAAAAUGCACAUCUGUCUGAGAGCUACCCUCACAAAGUUAUCGAUCAGCGGAUCGUGCCGCGCAGUUUACCCCGCGAUCGACGGGUGCACGUAAUUCUUAUCGGUCGCAGGCACGUCAUUUCUACGAAAACAACGAAACCGAUCUCUCUCUCUCUCUCUCUCUCUCUUUCUCUUCCGAAAAUCCGUCGCCGUUUCGCGUGUUCCACGUCCACGAACAUGACCGAAUUGGCAAAGGAAGCGUUCGCCUCGUGCAACUAUCGUCUCGCCGUGGAGAUGUACGAGCGAAGCUUGAAGCAAAAGGCACCGAGCUUCGAGGUGCUGGUCGGCUACGGGGACUCGUUGGCCAAGUGUGGUCGAAUCAGGGAAUCGAUCGGCGUUUACGCGAGGUGUUUGUCAGUGGGCUCGGUGCCACCGGAGAGACUGAAACACUUGGCCAACGCUUUGCUGGACGAGUUGUCCGGCGCGGCGACCACCGCCACCAGCUUCCGAAGGAAAAUAGAGACGUCGUUCGCGUGCCCGGUUUGCGAGGGAACCUUGUGCCAGCCGGUGACCACGAACUGCGGCCACACGUACUGCAAGAAUUGCGUGGAACUGGGCAAGAGCUGUCGCGUGUGCUGGCAAAAGAUCGCCGCUGUGAGUGAGACGAACGUGCUGGUGCAGAGACUGGUGGAAAAGUGGUGGCCACGCGAGGCUGAGGCCAGCAGGGCCAGGCACGAGGGUGACACAUUGAUGAAGGAGGGACACCUGGGUCAGGCCCUCGAGAGGUACAACCUCGCAGUUCAUCUUGCGCCAAACAGCCCACUCCAUCUUAGCAACAGGGCUCACGUUUUACUCCUGCUGAAUAGGCCUCAAGCCUCCCUCACGGAUGCUGAUCAUGCAGUAAGGCUACGACCGGACUGGGGCAAGGGUCAUUACAGACGAGGGGUGGCUUUGUCGGCUCUGGGCCGACACGAGGAGGCGCUGUUUGCCCUUUGCAUCAGCGUAGCCAUCGACAAGAAUCCACAAGCUGUGCGUCACGAAUUGAUCAAGGUGCUGUACAAUGUGUUGUCGUCCGGAUAUCGUCGUUACGGCCUGCCAUCUCGCACCCCGUACAACUUGACUGAGGGUGCGUCGCGCACGAGGAGUCGUCACCAGCUGAUGAACCCGAAAAGAAAUCGUCGAGCAGCGUUGAACGCCUCUGACUGCGAAGAUAAUAGCAGCGGCGGCGAAGAGGAUUUCACUCAGACUGUUAGCAGAAGACUCCUGUCAACCACAGCACCACAAAACAACAUGAAGCUGCAGGCUGGCCUAGAUCGUCUCUACCAAGACAUCGAGAAGCUGAAAAGACUGGAAGCGAGACCCGGUGAAAUUCUCCUUCCACCCCUUUCCGGUGGCACAGCAGGCGAGUUAGAUUGUAUUCUGUGCUGUCGACUCUUAUGGAAACCCGUAACAACACCAUGUGGGCACACGUAUUGCUGGAUGUGUUUAGAUCGCUGUUUGGAUUACUCUUCUGCCUGCCCUUUGUGUGUCACAUCUCUUGCCGAUUACUUGGCCAGCAGCCAGAAGACAGUGACGGACUUCGUGGAGAGGGCUUUGAAGACGGUGGCACCGGCGGAAUAUGCCUCCAGGGCAGCCAGCCACCGAUUAGAACUGGUCCAGGGACUUGGCCUCCUGGGCAGCGAGCAGAUAGCGGUUUUUGUUUGCACCACGGCGUUUCCAUGCGUUGCUUGUCCCCUGUUCGUUUACGAGCCAAGAUACAGGCUGAUGGUUAGGAGAUGCGUGGAAAGCGGCGUCCGUCAAUUCGGGAUCGCCGCCUGUCUCAACAGAGAAGCCACGGGGACUAAAAGAUACGCGGAAUACGGCACCAUGCUCGAGAUUCGGGACAGAGUUCUGCUGAAAGAUGGUUGCAGCAUUCUGAGCACAGUCGGUGGCAGAAGAUUCAGAGUUCUCUCUGGAGGAGAAAAAGAUGGUUAUGAUACGGCUCAAGUAGAAUUCCUGAGGGACACGAUAGUUCAGGACGAUCAAUUGUUGAAUCUCCUGGAGCUUCACGACAAGGUGCGAACGAAAGGGAGAAGAUGGUGGGAGACGGUGCCGCUGUCCCAACAAUUAGAAAUACAACGAGUAUUCGGUCGAAUGCCAGACACCGAGGAGGACUGGUCUCGUUUGCCAGACGGUCCCUCGUGGACCUGGUGGUUGUUGGCGAUUUUACCGCUUGGCCCCCAGCUGCAAGUGGGUAUUCUCGGUACGACGAGUCUGGAGAAGAGAUUAAGAGCCAUCGAGAAGACUCUCGAUCACAUGGAGCAAAGGCAACUGACCGUCGCCCCCGCUCCCUCGGAAGAAACAACCACUUCCUCCAGCAUAUGUCGAGACGAGGGUGGUCUCACAGACACGACAAUGUCAGUGGUACAACAAUCUUAAAGGAACAAGGAAAGAAAGAUGUCCAUUCGGGGCAAUUCGUUCGGACGAUUUCGCCGUGAGAUGGCGGUUCAAUGGAAUUCGACAUUCACUCGAUGUACAAAGUACUUGGAGAGUAGCUUAUUAGCUCGAAGAUUAUUACUUUUUACUCGGUAUUUAAUAUACACGCAUUAUAUCCGGAAGUGAGGCGAGGAGAACCUGUGGAGCUCGGUCGAUCGACAGCCAGGGGUUUUCCAUAUGCAUCGACUACCCCCCUCCCCCCCCCCAACUUUUCUUCUUAUACUUAACCCCGUUAGUUGCGUUUUAACUCGAGUACUGUCUCUCUUUUUCCCUGUACCCGGGUACUCGUUAAACUGACACAGUCAAGCGCCUUAUCGACGGAACGAUGAUGGUGCAAUUUGGAGAAGCGAGACUAGAAGAUCGAACAAAAAGGUAACAUCGGUUGUCAUACAAACAGUUAUUUCCUUUCAUUAUUCAGAGACAACUCUGUUAGGAUAAACGUUAAUUCUUUGCGAUCUGUAAUAACUUCUGAAGUAUAGGCCAGCAGAUUUUUGUCACAAUGAAUGUAUGUAUAUAUUUAUGAAAGUGUAAAAGAACGUAAAAUUUCUUAAAAAAGUGAAAUUAGUAAAAAGAGAUCCUUGAAAUCAUUCACAACAAUCUGUUAUGACCUUCUUCAUCAUGGAGAUUGUGCAAAAAUAAUUUUUCACAAUUAUACUUAAUAUUUUAGUUAUAGAAAAAUAAAACAAAAAUUUAUCGUAGAAGAUUUGUACAAGAUAUAGGAUCGCAAAGAAAUGUAAAGAAUGAAGAAAUGAAGAAAUUAAUCUCGUCAACUCGGGAGUUAUAGCUCGUUGAAAAUUGUAUUGAUCGUUGAGAGUCGCGUAUGUGAUUACUGCAAGCAAUAUUACAAGCAACCCGCUAUUUUACAAUCUCGCUACGUUUGCACUUCCUGACAAGAGAUUGAUGACGGAGUCGCUAGACCAGUGCUGCCAACGAAUGAAACUUCUCCGAUUUUUCCUCUGCGUAUAAAAAUCAAUUAUAUUUAAUAAUCAGUUAUCGUUCCUAUAUUACAUGUAACUACCGGAGAGGCAAUACUGAAAGCUGUUAUCUCAAAGCUCACAAUUCAUUUUCUUUGGCGGCACUGACUUUUCACUAGUCUCUUUGAAAUAGCAUAAGUAACACACGAUAAUUGAUACUUUCCGGGCUGUACGAAAACUUGAGACAAAAUCAAAUAUUAUAAAACAGUAUAAUUUAAUUCCAACUGGCGACAAUAGUUAAUUAUUUUCUAAACUUAUUUAACUUUUAAAGAAUCUACUUCUUUGGUCAAUGAUAUCUUGAUCUUUAAGUACUAUAGACAUUGAAACUUACACAAGUACUAGACAGUUCAAAGAAAAUCUCACAAAUCGCUGAUAUUUCAUUAAAUGAAAAUUAGAUUCAAUUGUUUUUGUUUUAUAUAUAUAUAUAUAUAUAUAUAUAUAUAUAUAUAUAUUCCAAGUAUGAUUGGACAAUGUAGACAUAUUUUAAAAAUGUAAAAGAAACACGAAUGAGAAUUAAUAUCAAUUUUAGUACUAAAAUGUUCAAUCAAUUAGUACUUAGAGAUACCACCGAUCUCAUAAAUUGCACGGAAUGUGUCAAAUAAUACAAUAAAAAAUUACCGUUGACUGAUUACUCAAUCAGUAUUGAGUAAUAAAUGAGUUUCGAACGAGCUAUAAUACGUCUCCAUGUUCUUCGAUAUUCUUAGAAAAUUAAUUAUAGCACUGAUAACCGAUCGAUCCUCAAAUAGACAUUUUAUAUGCAUAACUCGUGUUAUUGUCGAUAAUAUUCGAACAUUUUGUCACAAUCAUCGAUGAAUCGACCAAAAUAGACGAUAGAAUGACAUAUCCGAAACGGAAGGAUAGAGGAAGGAUAUCGUUUACCUCGGUAAGGCGUGACGGUGUUCUCCGCGCUGUUGCAAUACGCAAAUCUGUUCUUCCAGAUAAUAAUUAUAUAUACAUACAUCUAUAUGUAUACACACACAUUUAUGUAUACACGUACAUGAUGCAUAUUAUACGUUUGCAAUCAGAGGUACGCACGUCGUCGUCGUUUACGCUUAUGUCUUUCGUACCCGACGAGAACUUUUUACCUUCCAGACGAAUCACGCAAAUAUAUAUAUAUAUAUAUUCAUAACGAUGGUACAAUGAUGAGAAAGAAGAAACGAGGACGUACGUAUUUCGUCGUGGGUGCGCUGAGUACAAAACGUUUGUCGCGCGAUCAGAGAAACGUGUUUUAGCUCUGUUGUGCGUGAUACCAGUUUUAGCUCAUUCGAACUUGGCCGUUCUUGAACUUCUGGGACGCGGAGAAAAUUGUUCGAUAUUCACGAAAUGUGAUCAUAUUUUCUACGAUUUUCUAUGAGACGGUCUUUCGUAACAUCUAGAUCGGAAGCAAAGCGAACUGUACACUUCAAUUUUUGAAAUAUGUCUUUUUGAAGAGAAUAUCGGGAAUGUGUUGUUUGAAGUAUGAAAUUCCUAAAUAAAUUUAAAAUAAUUUUAAAUGUAUAGUCUUUAUAAUACGUUGACUGCCACGCGAAACUUACGCUUUAGUUAUUUAUUUUUUUUUUUUUUAUCAAAUACUCAAUUGUAUCAAAUAAUUAUUUAUUUUGUUAUUAAUGUAAUUCAAAUUUCUUUUUUUGUCAAUAAUAUUAAUCCCGUUGCUCUGAAAUAUUUGUAAGAGUAGGGACAGUCAAUGUAUUAUAGAGUAAAAUUAUAUGAACGAAUGAUUCUCCGAUUAUUAUGAAUUGUAAUAUUCUGUUUGCACUUGUCUUAACGUUUUAAGGGUCCAAUAAUACUUAGCAUCUUCUUGGAACGUUUUUACGCGUCCCAUAGCGAGAAACGGCGAGAUAGAUUGAUAAAUAUAGCGAUUGAGUUAGAUCUAGGAGACGUUCAAUUCGGAGAAACGAGAAACUUUAGAUGGAACGUUCUAUUUUCACUCAGCUUCUCGUAAUGAGCCAUACUUGUUGAAAAGGAAUUUACAACAACGACCAGUUUACGUGGCAAAACGAUCUUGAUGUGGCACGAAACUCAAUUUUUUAUACUGUCCGGCCUGUAUUCAGAACGCUCUAGUAGAACAAACUAUACUCCUUUUCUUUCCAUAUAAAAAACAAAAAAAAAAAAAAAAAAAAAAAAAAAAAAAAAAAAUCUACUAUAAUAUUAAUACGAAAAUUUUUUCAACCAUUUUUCUUCGAAUAUCUCGAUGUUUUUAAUCUAACGGUUUACAUUUAUAAAGAUCUUCUUGAAAACGUUAGAAAUUCUAACGAAAAAGAAGAGAAAAAGAGAGAAAAAAAAGAUCUAUAUAUGUAUAUAUAAGCAAUCGUUGAGAAUUGAUAAUUAAUUCUUAAUCAAAAUUAGAAGUCUAACCGUCGAUAAUCAUAAUCGUUCUCAUUCGAAUAAGCUGUAAUUUGCGUCCAAACUAUCCGAACUAUCCGUGUGGUUUUGCGCGAUAAUCGAGGAGUGCCACGCUAUUAAACGUGGUUUUCCCAAACGAUGUUGGCAAACGCUCGCGAGACAAAGGCGUAUUGUUUAGUGAUAAUACAGUGUUAUGAAUACGAGCCUUUAAGUUUAUUCCGUCGCUUAUAAGACUUCUCGACUGCGGUAGCGUUAUAGUAAUUUAUUUUCAUGCGAUUUUUUUAAACGUCAUUCGAGAGUGACACAUACAUACAUACAUACAUACAUGCAUAGCGAUCGUCAGAGGAGCUAGGGAACGUCAUAUCAGUGCAAUCAAGCGUACAGAGAAAACGAGAAGAAAGAAAGGAAGAAAGGAAGAAAAGAGGCGUAACGCGUCUGUUGUCCAUGAUGAUUGAUCAUUAUUAUUGUUAUCGUGAAUCACUAUUAUUAUUAUUAUUAUUAUUAUUACUAUUAUCAUUACUAUUAUGAUUAUUCUAAUUAUUAUAACAAAUUAAGGAGAAUACUAUUACUAUAAAGUGAGUACACACACACACACCACUAUUAGCUUUUAGUAUCUUCGAUAUUCUAUUAUACUAUCGGAAUGCGAAUAACGACAAUUGAAUAAUUGGCAUUAUUCGAACACCGCAUACACCUAACGUACUAUAUUUCCAAUUUCUCUCACUCGAGAGUGUUGUGUGUGUGCGUGUGCGUUUGUGUUUGCGUGCGUGUAUGCGCGUGUGUACGAAGGAUGAAGAGGAGGAGGACAAGUUUUUUCAUCGCACGUUUUCUAAUCAAUAUUAUAAUAAUAAUAAUAAUGUAAACAUUUCGUCUCCAAGAAAAAAAAAAAAAAGAAAAAGUCGAACGGGGAGCAGAGAUGGUGUGUCCCUGGUAUCUUGAAAUUUAUAUUCUCUUCUCUAGACUUUUACGAAGUUGUGAAUCAUGCAUUGUGAUAUUACCGUAUAGCCUACCUAUUGUAUAUUGUUAUAACAUAAUAUUACAAAAAAAUAGUAUGUAAUGUCACGCAACUUUCCAUUUUUACUUCGACAUUUCUAUAUUUAUCUUCAUCUCUUCAUAUGGAAUUAUUGUAAUAAAAUAUCGAUGAAAUCAAA